AUGAGUGAAAUAGAGCAGAUGAAGAAGGAGGCGGAGGAGCUGAAGAAGCAGAUUGAGGAAGCUCGGAAAGCUGUUGCUGACACUACACUUAGUCAGCUUUGCUCUGGAGUAGAUGUGAUUGGCCGCAUACAGAUGCGUACACGGCGGACUCUGCGAGGGCACCUGGCCAAGAUCUAUGCUUGUCACUGGUCCACAGACUCCAAGCUCCUGGUCAGUGCCUCACAAGAUGGGAAACUCAUUGUGUGGGACACAUACACAACCAACAAGGUUCAUGCCAUCCCUCUCCGCUCCUCCUGGGUCAUGACCUGUGCCUAUGCCCCAUCUGGGAAUUUUGUGGCCUGCGGAGGUCUUGACAAUGUGUGCUCCAUCUACAACCUCAAGAGUCGCGAAGGGACGGUGAAAGUCAGCCGGGAGCUCUCAGCCCACGCAGGUUACCUCUCCUGCUGCCGAUUCCUGGAUGACAACACCAUCGUGACCAGCUCUGGGGACACCACAUGUAUCCUCUGGGACAUUGAAACGGGAAUGCAGAAGGCCACCUUCAUCGGUCACACUGGAGACUGCAUGAGCCUGGCUGUCGCCCCAGACUUUAAUCUGUUCAUUUCUGGAGCCUGUGAUGCCACUGCCAAGUUGUGGGAUAUCCGGGAUGGGGCCUGCCGUCAGACAUUGACAGGGCACGAGUCGGAUAUCAAUGCCAUCAACUUCUUCCCCAAUGGCGACGCCAUCUGCACUGGGUCUGAUGACGCUACUUGCCGCCUCUUUGACAUCCGAGCGGACCAGCAGCUCCUAGUUUACUCCCAUGAGAGCAUCAUCUGCGGUAUUACCUCCGUCUCGUUCUCCCGCAGCGGACGCCUCCUGAUGGCUGGCUAUGACGACUUCAACUGCAACAUCUGGGACACCCUAAAAUCAGAGCGAGUGGGCAUCCUGUCUGGUCAUGACAACCGAGUGAGCUGCUUGGGGGUAACCGCAGACGGCAUGGCCGUAGCUACUGGCUCCUGGGACAGCUUCCUGAAAGUCUGGAAUUGA